AUGGAGGUCUGCAGCAGCCUUCGGCCGGCUGCAGCUGCCGCAGCGGCAGAGGGGUCGGCGGGGCGGCUGCCACUGCUGGAUGGCCUGGCGGCGGCCGGGCCUGCCUCGCCCCCGCCAGACUACUCGGCCAUCGAUACCCAGCCCCUCAACCGUGCCGUCUACAGCCUGUUCCGCGGCCGCAUGGUUCAGGCCAUCGGCAGCGACUCGCAGCAGGAAGGUUACGCGGCCAUCAUUGAUCUCACCCGCCGCCUCAACGCACAGCACUCCAGCCCGCGUGGCACCCAGGAGGCGACGGUCGGCAUCCUGCGUUCGCUGUUCCCCGGCUGGCUUCCCCCGGCCUUUGCUGUGAUGUUUUCGAAGCCCAUGCCGGGGCUGUCCUGCCAGUGGCUGAUGGGAGAGUGCGAGGUGAACGACGUGGAGAUCGACGGCGGCAGGAUGGGGGCCGGGCACGGCGUGCUCGUCAAGCGGUGCCGCUACCUGGAGGAGGCUGCCUGCGCCUCGGUCUGCAUCAACUCCUGCAAGGUGCCCACCCAGGAGUUCUUCCAGCGCCACAUGGGCCUGCCGCUGGAGAUGAAGCCCAACUACGAAGACUUCUCCUGCCAGUUCAGCUUUGGCAAGACGCCGCCGCCCGAGGCGCAAGAUGCCGCCUUCUCGACGCCCUGCUUCCAGAAGUGCCCCACAGCGCAGCGGGCGGCGGCAGCACUGGCAGCGGACGAGGGGGUGGAAGAGGGGCAGCGCUGCCACAAGAUCCAGCUGAAUUUGCCCUGA